AUUUCAUAGAGUGAGACGGACUAUUUGAAGAGAUGGGUGAAUCUCAUAAAUGUUAUAAAUCUUGUAUUCUGAUGCUUUAAUUAUGGCUAUGCAUAAUUCAUAAUCUCCAUCUAUCUAUCUAUCUCCUCUGCUACUACUCACUCACUCAUCACAACUAAACCGAAGAUCGAGUUCUUCUCUUGUUUGUAAAUUUCCGAUACAUCUUUGUACUCUCUGACCUUGUCCAUGAUCUUUUCUUACCCGUGUCUUUUUUCAUUUUUAAGGUGACUAUGUGGCUUUGUUUGUGUGCUUUGAUUUAAUCUCAAGAUACAAGGUUGAAGCGUGAGUGUGUUAUUGUUAAUUAUCUCCUGAGAAGUGUGUAUCUUAAACGUUGAACAAAGCAGUCUUGUCUUGGGUUUUCUUCAAGGCUUGGUUUUACAGCGAAAGAGAGAGAAAAAUAGCCUUGUUUCUUUGCAUAAGAAUCUGUCUCCCCCCGUGUGAAGGUGUUGAAUUUGCAACAUUGUUGAUUGAGGAGAGAAGGAAAAAGACAUGGGAGAGAUAUAAAAUAAAAAAGUGAAGGGUAUUGAGAUUUUGCGGGAAAUUCGGUGUCCUAACGUCAAAAAAUAGAAGUCUUUCAUUGUGGGGGAAACGAUUUGCAUUUUCGAUUCUCUUUCAAAGGCUAAAUUGCAAUCCCCACAAUCUCUCUCUCUCUCACCCUUUUUUUUUUUUUUUUUGUUUUCUUCCCCAUCUGGGUGGUUCCCUCUGUUUUUCAGGGUAGGGAGAGAAGCUAAAAACUCCAUCUUCCCUCCCCUCUCUCUCCCUCUCUCUCCCUCUCUCUCUGUCUCUAUCUUCUCUCUAUCAAAAAAUGAUUUUUAAUAAAGGGUCAAUGCAUUCUAACCUUGACUGUUUCGUACGGUGUACCACACCUGUGGUUCAAUCUCAGUUUCUUCCCAAGUCCGAGAUUACAAGCCUUAACCGUUUGUGGCAACCGUGGGAGAGAGAAAGCGUGGAAUAUUUCACGUUGGGGGAUCUUUGGAAUUGCUACGACGAAUGGAGUGCUUAUGGAGCAGGAGUUCCCAUUACCUUGACAAGUGGAGAAACACUUGUGCAGUACUAUGUGCCUUAUCUCUCCGCAAUUCAGAUAUUCACUAGCAACAGUUUCAGGGAAGAGACUGAAUCAGGUGACUGUGAAACAAGGGAUUCCUAUAGUGAUUCUUUCAGCGAUGAGAGUGAGUGUGACAAGUUAUGGAGGUGGGAUGGAACUUCCUCAGAAGAAGGAGGCUCUGAGCAAGAUUGUCUCUGGCAUUUCAAUGACAGAUUGGGUCACCUUUAUUGCCAAUAUUUUGAAAGAGCAACUCCAUAUGGAAGAGUUCCUCUCAUGGAUAAGAUUACUGGAUUAGCACAAAGAUACCCAGGGUUGAUGUCAUUAAGAAGUGUUGAUCUUUCGCCAGCAAGUUGGAUGGCCGUUGCGUGGUACCCAAUAUAUCAUAUCCCCAUGGGAAGAACAAUUAAAGAUCUUUCUACAUGCUUCCUCACUUAUCACACGCUUUCAUCUUCAUUUCAAGGCAUGGACCUUGAUGAUGACAUAGAGGGUGGCCACGAGAAGAAAAAGGAAGGGGAAGGCAUAGCACUGCCAGCAUUUGGUUUGGCAACUUACAAAAUGCAAGGGGGAAACGUGUGGGUCGCAGGAAAUCGUGGUCGGGACCAAGAAAGGCUAUUGUCACUAUUGAGUGUGGCAGAUUCAUGGUUGAAGCAACUAAGGGUCCAGCAUCAUGACUUUAAUCACUUCGUGGGCAUUCGGCACGGCUAAAAACAAAAUAAUCCACUACUCUACAAAAGAGUUCGCACUUGCAAAGCUACAAAAUCAUCCUUUUCUCGGAUCUUUGGUUUUUUAUGUGCGCUUUCUUGGACCAUUAAUUGCACCUUUUUUUUCUUUUCUUUUCUUCUUUUCUCUUGAGGGGGAGUGUGAGAAAUGAGGAUAUAUAUAUAUAUACGUAUGUAGUAGUAGUUGUUGGUCUUUAACCCUUGAGGCAUUUAAGGACCAAAAACCCUUGUUAAGUUUCAACCAAGCAAAAAGGGUGUGCGUGUGUGAAUUGACUCCUUUCAACAGCCUCUCAUCAAGAAGAGGUAAUUGUAUGUAGAGAGAUAGGUGGGGGAGGUCAGAGGGAAAGAAGUGAGUAUAUUGUGUAUUGAUCAUAAUGGUUAAUGGAUGUCACAAAUGAUGUAGAAUCAGGUUGCACAUUUUUGCCAAUUUUUUUUCUUUGUGUCUUGUUACCGGUUCCCACCGGCUUUUGCUUGCAAUAGUUAAUUAAGCACCCCUCUAGACCAA